AUGGAAAAGUUGGAGAAGUUAGGAUGGGGAAUAUUUGACCCAAGAUACACUACUGUUGUUGCCCUUUUUGGUGAAGGUGCGGAUAAGAGAUUGCUUAUGGAUUCGGAUGAAGAAAUUGCAUUUUUCAUUUUACUAUGUUGCUAUUGGUUGAAUCUAGCAUCCAAUAGAAUUGGAAGGGCAAUUGAUAACGAUUCGGAAAUGAGCGGUCAUCAACAUACACAAGAAUUGUUACAUGGAACUUCUACACAAUGUCAUGUCUUGAUGCGUCUUUCUCGUGAAGCGUAUGUACUUUUAUGCAAUCAUUUUAGACGAAACAAUUGGUUGCAAAGUAGUAAACAUAUAAGCGUUGAAGAAAAGAUUGAUAUGUUCUUGACAACUAUAGCACAUAAUAAACGAUUCAGGAUUAUCAAACGAAGAUUUAAACACUCUACAAAAACUGUUCAUAGAUGCUUUCAUGAGGUGCUAAAUGCAAUGAUGAUUUUUGCAAAAGAAGUUAUAGUGCCAACGAAUUCAAAUGCAACUGUCAAUUCAUCAGAGAGACAUCGUAGGCUAAAAGAAAUAUUUUCUGGAGCAAUAGGAAUUUGUGAUUUUGAUAUGAUAUUCACAUUCGUAUGGGCCGGGUGGGAGGGCAUAACACAUGAUUCGCGAGUUUUGAAAGAAAUUGCAUUUAACCCGACUCCAGGCUUUCCAUUCCCUCCUCCAGAUAAAUAUUACCUUUGCGAUGCUGCAUACACCAACACUCGUGGAUUUAUGGCUCCUUACAGCAACACGAGAUAUUGGUUAUCCGAUUAUCGAAGGCGACGUCCGUUAACUAAGGAAGAAAAAUUCAAUCAUGUACAUGCGCAACUCAGAAAUGUUAUUAAACGUGGAUACGGUGUUUUGAAGGCGAGAUUCCCAAUCCUAAAGCGAAUGACUCCUUUUCCAUUUUCAGUGCAAAGAGAUAUAGUCGUCGCUUGUUUUGCAGUCCAUAAUUUCAUAAAGAAAUGCGAUAUUCAUGAUGAGUUAUUUAUGGCGUUCGAGGAGAACAAUAAUCACACACAAGGGGGAGAGAAUGAUGGCCAAAAUAUAAACGAUAUGGAAUGGGGUUCACAAGGCAAUGAAUACAUGGAUAGUUUGCAUGAUCAGAUUGCGAAUCAAUUGGGCUAA